CUAGCAUGUUUCUGAGAACACUUGUUCGAGCUGGCGUUGCGCUAUUACUGGCAGCUAGCAUAUCCAUAACUCGCGCUGUCUCUCUUGUCAAGGACGAUCUUGAUACUACCGUGACCCAGGAAGCGGGACACGUCGAGCUUCAAUCCGAGGCUCACAAUGCAACUGGCAUUCGUUUUGUCAAGAACUCAGGAAUAUGUCCAUGGUAUAUCUCCGUUCCCUGCCAGCUGCUCUGGAUAUAUUCUGACUUGGGACACAGUGGUUCUGGCUCUUCGAGUCUAGAAAUUCACCUCUGAACUGCCUUCACAGGUUGAAUGGCGGCCCUGGAUGUUCUUCUAUGGUCGGAUUGUUC